AUGGAAGCAAAAGCAGCAGCUUCUCCGUCUUCGGUUGCUAAUCUAAUUCUCCACCGCGGGGGCAAUGUUAGCGACGUAGAUUUCAAUAUUCUCGAGAGAAUCCUACCGCAUUGCACAGUCGACCAGUUGUGGAACAUAGAAAAGAGUACGAGAGGAAGAGAUCUGAGUCCCGUUACAGAUAAGCUGUGGGAGAAAAUCUGUGAAGCGAAGUUUGGUGCUGAUCUGAGGAUCGAAAAGAUUAAGAGAGCGAAUGUCGUGUUCAGAUGGGUAGACGUGUAUGAGGCAAAACUGGAAGCUGACAGGUUGAAGAGUCAGGGGCAUCAAAUAUUUGAAGCUGCUCGAACACAAGUUCCUUCAUCGUCAAGCAAUAAUGAAAGAAGUAGCUCUGGGAGUGGCAUUAAUAAUGUUUCUUCCAGAAAGGGUAGCGUGCCGAUGAAGAAAUUGAGAAGUGAAGUUCGUCAUUGUCUCGAGGUGAGAAAUCGUAAGAUCAUGAAGAAUUUCAGUUCUGCGAAAGAUAAAUCGACAUUCAAGCCAAGCGAUAUUAUUGUUUUGGAUGAUUAG